AUGGGAGAUGGGAAUCCAGAUACGCGACUCGACGGUGCCGCUGGGCCACAACUAGAGGACAGCUUUGCGCCAGCCAACCCGUCACAGCACAAGAGCAAUAGAACAGGCAAUACUCGAAUCCCCAGCUCGCUACUCUCGAGAUUUACGUUCACGCGGAUGAUUCCCUCGGACGAGACGAAGAAUACUCAUGACAAGGCCGAGGUGGAAGAGGAGGAGAACGGGGAUGAAGGUGGUGGUGAUAGACUGCGGACGGUGCUACAGCCGUCUCAGCGGUUAAAGGUCCCGGACAGGGCUAUGGCCAGUGCAUUGAACCAGCAGAGGAGAAAGACACGGAGGAGGAAAGGAUCGUUGAGGAAGACUGCACUGCUUGGGACGGGGAUGUUGCGGAUGGAAGGGAAGGAGAGGUUCACGGGUGGCGGUACAGCAUUGCAGCGAGCAACGGAGAUAUUCCUUGACCAGUACGAUGGUGCUGGAGAGAGGGAAGGGGAUAAUGGUAGAGAGGGAGGGAGUGGGAGUUAUGGAGAUGGAGGAACAGGACAGGAUACCGUUUCGAUUGGUAAAGAAGGCAGACGAGAGUUAUACCAGCUUCAGCAGGGAAUCGUGUCCUCGUUCGAUGAUGGCGAAUCUACUCCUCGACGGAGCUAUAGCCAUUCGAACACACUUGCCAUAGACCGUGACGAUUCCUCUUGGACUCGCUCACAGCAGCAGGACCAGCAGCAGCAGCAGCAAUUGCGACACUCCAUGAUAAAUGCUGAUUCCUUCCCCAACACCGCACCAGUAGGGCCAUCCAGUGCACCGAAUUCCGUUCAAGAUGAUGCAACUACAGACGACGAGGACGGACUCUCUCUACCACGACUAAACACAUCGAAUUUCUCUCGUUUAUCCAGCAAAACAAGCAAUAGCAGCAUAUCUACCUCGCCCGUCGUCCCUCCGCGACGAAUACCACUACCGUCCAUCCAAACCCCUUCGUCCAGCUCAGACUCCUUCUUCAAACAUACAAAUAUCAUGAAGCAACGCGAACGCUCAGCCUCUCAGCGCAUUCGGUCUCCGCUAGCUACCUCAAACACAGCUGAAUUAACCAGCCCAUCAGAAAUAUGGGACUACUCUGAAACCGAGUGGUGGGGCUGGAUAAUAUUAAUAGUGACCUGGCUGGUAUUCGUGGUGGGAAUGGGCAGCUGCCUUGGGGUUUGGAGCUGGGCGUGGGAUGUUGGAGAGACACCGUACGCACCACCGGAGCUGGAGGAUGAUGCCACCCUUCCAAUUGUCGGGUAUUACCCUGCCUUGAUCGUUUUGACGGCUGUGAUGGCUUGGGUGUGGGUGGUAGUUGCUUGGGUGGGUAUGAAGUAUUUCAGACAUGCGAAUAUUUCAGGUGACGAUACUUGA